AAAGGUAAUUGAAACCAACCCUAAGCUCUUUUUAUCUCUGCCCUAAAGGUAGCCCCGAUUAUUGCUGACUUAAGCGUCGGAUUGUCUACCCCAAGUUCCACCUCGGGGCUUUGCAGGUCAUCCCGGAGUGCAAGCGUGGACUGGAGAAGGACUUCUGGUUUGGUGCAAUUACAUUGGCGCCGUCUGUGGGAAUCGAACUGAAAGCUCCCUAGUUGCUCUUCUGUCAUGGUUCACACUCGAUUGAUCCGAGUUGGUAAUUCAUCUCUGCCUCAUGGGCAAGGUCAACCCCCCAACAACCUUCCACCUCUGAUCCCACCUCAGAUCCCACCUCAAUUUCCACCUCAGGAUCAUGCAGAAGGAGGAGAUGAAAACCAACCCCAUACCUCAGCUCACAAUUCAACUUCCACGGCCAACCAAGAUGUGGUGACAGCUCAGCUUGCUACCAUGCAGCAGCAGUUUGGUGUUUUUCAGUUGGUACUGGCUCAGCUUUUAGCUAGAAAUAAUCCUGGUGAUCCUCUCAUUAAUUUACUAAAACCUGCUCAACAACCCCCAGCUCCACAACAGAAUCCUCAACCGGUCCAAUCUGCUCCCGUUGUUAGUGAAUCUCAGGGUCAAUCCCACAUAGCACCCGCUCAACAACCCAUCCCUGAUAAUGUUACUCGCCGUCUCGAUAGCCUGGAGAAGCUAGUAGCCGAACACCGAGGUGCUCCACCCCCACAUCAUGCUGCUGAUUCUAUACCUCACCCUCUGAAUACCAACAUUACGCUGGAACCCUAUCCCAUUGGCUUCAAAAUACCACAACUGGAGACUUAUGAUGGGACGAAGGAUCCCGAUGAUCACCUGCAUGCUUUCUACUCUUGUAUGCAAGCUCAGAACGCCUCUGACGCGUUAAUGUGCAAAAUCUUCCCCUCUACUCUGCGAGGGGCUGGCGCUCUCUUGAUUGGUCCAGAGGGAUACCGAAGUGAACAUGCCCUGAAGUUCAAUUUCGAUGCAACAAAUAACAUGGCUGAAUAUGAAGCUCUACUACUUGGUCUACAACUCGCACUAGAAUUGAAAAUCAAUGCAAUUCAAGUAUAUAGUGACUCUCAGCUGGUGGUGAACCAAAUCAACUCUGUUUGCGAAGUCGUCGAUCCUGUGAUGGUAAAGUAUGUAGCCUUGGUGGCCAAGCUGAAGUGCAAAUUUCAGAAAUUCUGUCUGAGUAAAAUCCCCCGAGCUGAGAAUGAACAGGCAGAUUCACUCUCCAAGUUUGCCUCUGAUAGCUCUUUAAGCUCCAGAUCCGUUUUUGUAGAGGUCUUAGAUGAACCAAGCUUCACGAAGCCUCGGGUGAUGGAGAUUAGCACCAACCCUGACACGCCGAGCUGGACUAAUUUAAUUGUCUCCUUCUUACGAGAUGGGAUAGUGCCUGAGGAUAGGCAGGAGGCAAUGAAAUUAAGGAAGACAGCAUCUCGAUAUACACUUGUUGAUGGAGUCCUGUAUAAGAGAUCUUUCUCACUUCCUCUUCUACGAUGUUUAAACCCUUAUGAAGCUGAAUACGCACUUCGAGAGGUACAUGAAGGUGUCUGUGGGAGCCACGUCGGUGCUAGAACUCUGGCUCACAAAGUCUUAAGACAAGGAUACUACUGGCCAAACAUGUACAAAGAUGCCACUUACUUUGUUCAGAAAUGCCCGCAAUGUCAAUUCUUCACACACCUGACUCAUCAACCAGCAGAAGAGCUCACGAACUUGGUAGCGCCGUGGCCAUUCGUUCAGUGGGGACUGGAUCUUUUAGGCCCAUUUGUGAAAGGGGUUGGUGGUUUAACCCAUCUGAUUGUUGGUGUAGAUUAUUUCACGAAGUGGGUUGAAGCUCGGCCUUUAUCUAGUCUUACCUCUAAGAAGGUCAAAGAUUUUGUUUUCAGUUCGAUCAUCUGCAGAUAUGGGAUUCCAAAUCAGAUUGUGGCUGAUAAUGGAACUCAAUUCAAUUGCUCCUCAUUUCGAGAUUUCUGCUCUAGUUAUGGGAUCAAGUUACAAUUCACCUCCGUUUACCAUCCAGAGUCCAAUGGCAUGGUGGAAUCUAUUAACAAAUGCAUUUUGGAAGGUAUAAGGCCGAGAUUGGAGCAGCAUAAGGCCAAGUGGGCAGACAGAACCACGAGCCGAACUGCCACAGGUACCCCUUUUAAACCAAGUUUAUUUGAUUAAUUUCUAUAGUAUUUCAUUUCUUCUGCCAUCCUUAGAGCAAAUAUGCAUAAUGCAUAAUGCGCAUUCUAAAGUUAUAAUUAACUGAAAUAGGUGAA